AUGGCGGAGGGAAAGCAAGCGAAAGUGGAAGCAAUCACCCUCAAAGUUGUCGCCCAGGACGGAACAGAAGUGUCGUUCAAAGUAAAGCCGAAAACCAAGUUCAGCAAGUUAUUCCAGGCGUACAGCGAUAGAAAAGGGUUUAAGUUAGAUACCAUGCGGUUCCUAUACCACGGUGGUCGAGUCCUGGGAGACAACACACCUGCUGAGCUGGGCAUUGAGAACAACGACCAGAUCGAGGUGAUGGUGGAGCAAUUGGGAGGCGGCACGUGGUCCCAGCAGCAGUAUCGGUACCUUUUCAGAUGA